UCCUUGCAAUGAUUUGAUUGUUUUGAUAUUUUAAUGAAAUUUAACUGUUAAAUAACCUGUCUUUAAGACAGUGCCUUAAUUCAAUAAAUCUUGUGGUUUCCUGAUUAAUGAUUUUCAAGUUGUAAACUUAGUCAACUAGGCCGAUGUAACUAAAUUUAUUGUGUUUAUUCAAAUUCAUCUCUAUAUCUUUCCUUGCAAAGCAGUGAUUUAUGCUCCUCAAUUUUGUAAAAUUUAUAAAUCUGUAGAUUCAACUUCUCCCAAUCAAUUUGAUUAUUUAUUGAAGGCUCAAUAUACAACUUUGCAAUGAUUCCUAUGGAAAGAUAUGUUUUCUCUGGUCUUUUAUCAGUGUUUUUGCUGCUAACAAUUCGAGACUUAUUCAUUCGAGAGUCACCUAAACCAGAUGAUGUUUAUAAUUUCAAAAAGCAAAUACCCGAAACCCAAUUUUCAAACAUUAUCAUUGGACCAGCUAUCCGUAUAUCAUAUUGCUAUUCCUGUGGAUACAAAAGAGCUUUUGAAGAGUAUUCUCGUGUAAUAAAGGAGAGAUAUCCUCAAAUCACAGUUGUCGGAGAAAACCAUACACCAAAUUUCAUCCGCCUUGCUAUCGCUCAAACUUUAUCAUUUGGAAAAUUUGUGGUCAUUGGUUUAAUUGUUUCUAAUAUAAACCCCUUUUCAUACUUCGGUAUGAUUACGCCAACUUACUGGAACAUGUUGGCUCAGCACCGACUCUAUGGCUCCAUGAUGAUUUUCUUCAUCUGUAACACCUUAGAGAGUUAUCUGAUGAGUACUGGUGCCUUUGAAAUCACAUAUAAUGGUGUUUUAAUAUGGUCUAAACUAAAGAAUGGUCGUAUGAUAUCACCUCAAGAAUUAUUCUCACUCAUCAGUUUAGAAGAAGAUUUGACAAAAGGAAAUAUUCUGGACUACAAUCCAACAUCUUAACAUGAGGAAAAGUUAUAAAAUUUGUAAAAUCUGAAUUCCAAAUGUUUGCAAAAAUCGUGAAGAUAUGAUUAUGUAUUUAUGGUAUUAAUUGUUUAUUAAUUUAUCCUUAGCUUUUUGAUUUGAAGAGAUUUAAUAGAUCAAUUUUUCACAUUCACUUUUCUCUACAUCUCUAUCCACUAGCAAAAUUUUUUUUUGUUUCCUUCUAUUGUUACUAGCUUUUCAUUUGCUUGAUGUCUUCAAUUAUCCACUUUUUGUCAACACCAUAUGACUUACUAUUCCUAUGACCUAGAACCUUUUUUUAUUACAUUGCUAAAUUUACAUUUGCAAAUCCUGAUUGAAUCGAACAAGUUUAUUGUCUCUGAAUUUCAGUAAUAUUGUGUAAACUAAAUCAAUAUCAAUUGAUAUUUAUCAACAUCUUCAAAAGGUCAACUGACUUCAAAAAGAGUUUGAUCAGACUAUGAUUGUUCUUUCUCUGAUUAAUUUGAAUUCAUCUUCCAAAGAUUGGUAAUCAAGUCGAAGUUUGUCAAUCAGGCUCAAUUCCUUCAAUUUAGAUAAAUAAACCCAUGUGGAACUUUUUGUUUCUAUAUAUUUGAAUGAUGCAUCCAACUAUUUAUUCAAAUAAUCACACUGACUCAAUGAGUAAAGGAAGGAUCUCCUUUAAUCUUUGCACUGACUCUAAAGUAGUAAUCUAAAAAUAAUCUUUAAUAACUACUUAAUUUUGAUCAUUUCAAGUGAAAAUUUAAAUCUGAGAUUGGUGUGAUAACUUAAUUCGCCUGAUAAAUUUUUAAUUUUAAUUGUUGAUGGGUUUAUCGUAAACUAAGACAAGUCUGAAGCUCACAUCAAGGAAAAUUAGGUAAAGUAAUUUCCCUGCUUGUUAUGCUAUAUUUGUAACACACCCAAAUAAGGCUCAAGAAUAUAACACACUCAAAUGAUACAAAGAUAUUGCAUCUUCAAACCCUUUCAAUCUCCACCCUUAUUGAUCUUAUUAUUAUAUUCCAUGAUUGUUAAAGACCAAUGUAAUAGUUAUAUAUUGGAGAUUUUAGAAUAAAAGUUCAGUUCAGUUGGAACUCCCAGGAGAAGAAGUUGAAGUUUCCUUUCAAUUAAUGCCCAAAUUGAGGCCGUUUUGUGUGUUCUUUUCUUCUCUGUUUCUCUUUUUAGGCACACACUCACUUUAAUUAAACAUCUUUUCUUGCCGUGAUCUCUUUCUCACCAUGGAUUCCUUAUUGUCAGUUUCGUUAUGACCACCAUUUCGACCAUCAAAUAUUUUAACCACUAAUACUUUAACUUACCUUCAAAAACAACAAAAUAUAAGUCACCAUCAUUAUCAUCAACAAGAAAGAUCAUAAAAAUAAAAAAUAAUAUUUCAACUGAAGUAUCAAUAUCCAAUUCUGAUAGUGGUCAUCACUGUCUAUUGAAUUUGCUAUCGAUUUGUGAGCAUCACUAUAACAAUGAUUUGCUAUUUUAUCCUAUGCUUCUUCAAUCAAAAACAUAAUUUUUGUCAUCAUCUCACGCCGGCUUCAAUGAAUUGAAAAUCUUGCAAACCAUUCUCAUAAACAAAAAGAAUCUUAUAUUGUGCCAGUUUUCAUCAACUUAACAAGACUAAAGUCAACUAAACCAACGAUUGACCACCAGAGAACCAGGAAAUCUGAAAAUAAACAUCAACAAAAUCAAUCUGCAAAGCAUAUAAGUAUUACAAAUUUUAUUAUCAAAUUUGAAGGUUUUGGCUGCUUCUGAUUAGCCAAACGUUGCACUAUUCAAUUGAUAGAACUCAGUUCGCCAUUCUUAUCUGAGCCAAUAAGUAACUAAGAGUAAGCUAACCUAACCUAACGUAACUUAACCUAAGCUCAAGAAUACAGAACGUAGUUCGCCAUUCACGUCUGAGCCAAUAAGUAACUAAGAGUAAGCUCAAGAAUACAGAACGUAGUUCGCCAUUCACAUAUGAGCCAAUAAGUAACUAAGAGUAAGCUAAAGAAUACAGAACCUAGUUCGCCAUUCUUAUCUGAGCCAAUAAGUAACUAUGAGUAAGCUAACCUAACCUAACGUAACCUAACCUAAGCUCAAGAAUACAGAACGUAGUUCGCCAUUCACGUCUGAGCCAAUUAGUAACUAAGAGUAAGCUAACCUAACCUAACGUAACCUAACCUAAUAACCUAAGCUCAAGAAUACAGAACCUAGUUCGCCAUUCACAUCUGAGCCAAUAAGUAACUAAGAGUAAGCUAAAGAAUACAGAACGUAGUUCGCCAUUCACAUCUGAGCCAAUAAGUAACUAAGAGUAAGCUAAAGAAUACAGAACCUAGUUCGCCAUUCUUAUCUGAGCCAAUAAGUAGCUAAGAGUAAGCUCAAGAAUACAGAACGUAGUUCGCCAUUCACAUCUGAGCCAAUAAGUAACUAAGAGUAAGCUAAAGAAUACAGAACCUAGUUCGCCAUUCUUAUCUGAGCCAAUAAGUAACUAUGAGUAAGCUAACCUAACCUAACGUAACCUAACCUAAGCUCAAGAAUACAGAACCUAGUUCGCCAUUCUUAUCUGAGCCCAAUAGUAACUAAGAGUUAGCUCAAGAAUACAGAACCUAGUUCGCCAUUCACAUCCGAGCCCAUAAGUAACUAAGAGUAAGCUCAAGAAUACAGAACCUAGUUCGCCAUUCUUAUCUGAGCCAAUAGUAACUAAGAGUUAGCUCAAGAAUACAGAACCUAGUUCGCCAUUCACAUCCGAGCCCAUAAGUAACUAAGAGUAAGCUCAAGAAUACAGAACCUAGUUCGCUAUUCUUAUCUGAGCCAAUAGUAACUAAGAGUAAGCUCAAGAAUACAGAACCUAGUUCGCCAUUCACAUCUGAGCCAAUAAGUAACUAAGAGUAAGCUCAAGAAUACAGAACCUAGUUCGCUAUUCUUAUCUGAGCCAAUAGUAACUAAGAGUAAGCUCAAGAAUACAGAACUUAGUUCGUCAUUCACAUCUGAGCCAAUUAUUAAAAAUUCUUACUCUAGCUUAUGAUGUCUUCAUAAUCGCGCGUUGAUCGUCUUUCUAGUCAUGCGAGAAAUUCAAACAAAUACUGGCCUUAAUUGCGAUUACGUUGAUUGUGAAUUUUGAAUUUGGUGGACAAAAUCUUGUCAGUUCUCUUGGUCCAGCAUUUGGAGUUCAGUCUAAUUUAAGAUUAGACAAAAAGAGGCUACCCUUUUGGUGAAUAUUUACUGGUCAAUUUCAGUAUUAUACAAGCUCGUGUUGAUUCCGUUGACAAUAUACUUUGCUGCUGUAACUUUGAUUAUACCAUUUACUUUGCAACAAUUUACUAAUUCAUUUUAUGCAUUUUUUUUGUAAUUCUCAUGGUUAAAUUUUACAAGAAAAGUUCUCCAAAUAGAAAUUAAUUUCAAGAUUUCUCAAACUGAAAUAACUUUCUUUUUGCAUGGGCUUCAUGUGCCAUGAAAAUAUUAAUAAAAUGUUGAACUCUCUUCUAGUAUAAA